AGCGGUGCGCGAGCGCCCCAAGCGGCGCGCAAGCUCCGUGAAGCGUAGCGCGCGGACUGCAAUGACUGUUUCCUAGCAACGGGGGAGCCGCAACGUCACGGAGGCGGGUUCCGAGCGCGGCUGCCCACCGUAGGGCCGGCGUGUGUACCUUCCAACACCUGCGGCUUGAGGGAGUGCAGCUCACAGCCGCAAGUCUUCGUCCGUCCUUACCCACCUUACCCUGCCCCACGUCGCUGAAAGCCACCUUCCGUCGCGACCAGACUCAGAAUCCCGGGCCAGAGACUAGAGGCGACCUAGUCAGUCGGUUCCCGCCCGGCCCUCGCCUCCCGCGUCCGCGGAGCUCGACGCCCGCGACUUCGGCGGGACGAUGCUGGAGUCCAUUCGCGUGACAGAAAAGCUUCACUGGCCUGAGCAAGAACUUGCUAAGAAGUCUAUUCUAAAUGCAGAAGAGUCAUUGAUCAUUGACAGCAAAAGAAGCAUUUUACAUUUAUCUUCUGGAAUACUAAAGGACAUUUUCACAACUGGAACCAGCAGUUACAAUGUCCUACUACAGAGCAAAGAGGAAAAGAAGCAUCAUUCACAAAAACAGUCUUCCUCCACCUACUCCAAAAGAUAUAGAAAACCCAGCAAAUCUCCUAGUUCUUCUCGUAGUAAAGAUCUUCGCAAGAUGAAAGCCCCAGUGCCUGUGAUGAGCAGUAGCACUUGGUACUGCCUAGAAAGGCAGCCUGCUGUUUUUGUCACUAGUUCAGUGUCCAGUCCUGUAAAGUUUAUACAUGAUAUCUCUGUUACAGGGAACAGCAUAGUACUGCCACCUAAACCCAAAAACAAGGUCAAGCAGUGCCAUAUCUCUACUCUUCCAAAGUCAAAGCUGCAGCCGCAGCUGUCUAGAAGUUUUGAAAAAGGAGAUGAUUUUUCUGGAAAGAAAUUUUGUAUAUUGACUGCUAUAAAGCCCAUCAACUUGGAGAAAGAAAAACUGAGAUUCUUCAAGUCUGACUAUACCUACAAUCCUCAGUUUGAAUAUGCUAAUCCUUCUCUGCCAAGUGUGUUAGCCAAGCACAGCAAUGCAUCUGAUCGAUUUCUUAAGCAGUCCAUCAAUAUUAUGGAACUGACUUUACAGAAAUAUGGAAGUUAUGAAAAAUUUGAACAGGCUACUGGUGGUAGCCUGCUAUCUAAAACUCGAAUCUGGAGUCAUGUUAGGAAGUAUAUGAUGAAAGAAGGCUGCAUGGGUGAGAUUGUGGUUCAUCUCACUGAAGAUCUGCUUUCCCGUGCAUCAAUGACAGUGGUAAAUGGAUGUCCAACACUGACCAUCAAUGUUUCCACUGCACGUGAGCAUUGGCUGGAGGGAAUGCUGAGGCAUGAAAUAGGCACACACUAUUUUCGAGGCAUAAACAACCUCCAGCAGCCAUGGAACAGUUGGACUGGCCGUAAAAAGCAUGAGUUAAAGCCAAACAAUCCCACAGAGGAAGGGCUGGCAAGUAUUCACAGUGUCCUAUUUAGAAAAGACCCCUUUUUAUGGAGGGCUGCUCUCCUCUACUACACAGUUUAUCAAGCCAGCCAAAUGUCUUUUUGUGAACUCUUCAAAGACAUCGGGAAGUUUGUCAAGGACCCCAAUACAAGAUGGGAUUAUUGUGUGCGAGCCAAGAGGGGAUGGACUGAUACUUCUCAACCAGGAUGUUUCAGUAAAGACCAGGUAUACUUGGAUGGCAUCCUGCAAAUUCUCCGAUACAGAGAGACCAUCGAUUUUCAUUUACUAACUGCCCUGGGGAAGGUCUCUUAUGAAGAUGUGGAUCGGUUAAAAGGACUGGCAGUUAUUGAAAACAUGAGGGUCCCUCACUUCCUGCAGGACCAUGGUCGAUAUAUGGAACACUUAGAGAAGAUCAUGGAAGUGAAUGAACUGACCGACAGGGAACUGAAAGAUCUUAUAUAUUAAUUAACUUUCUUGCAGACAUAGCUCAGCUAUACCUCUAUGUAUAUUACCAGUUAGGUGCACUUAGCACCAGCAGAUUUAUAAAAGAAGAAUGACUGUUUACAUGAGUUUUCUGAAGAAUGCUUUGCAGUAUUCUGUAUUUUAAGGUUAAGUACGAACCUUAAACUAUUUCCCUAUACUGUUUCUAUAGGCUGCAGGGGGAAGUUACUCCUGCUUUCAUCUAAGACUCAACAAAGUCAGAUGAAAAUAUUACUGAUAAGUAUUUUUGAAGAACCUCAAUCAAAUUGAGUGAUAAACUUCUGCCUUAGCACCAAGCCACUUCUCACUAGAAAUUGAAUUACCAUGUUGUUCAAACUCCAAGGUUGUAUUUUACUUGAUAAAUUAAUAGUAACUAUUCUCAUUAGUUUUGUUAUACCCUUAAAAUCUAGCUAUAUCUAAGAUUUCUCAUUUUUCUUAUAUGCUAAGUAAUGUUAAAAAAAAGGGAGAAGCAAUUUGAAAAGUUCUUUAUUUCCCUUAUGGUUUUUCCUUAUCAGUUCAUAGGAAUUAGAGAAUUACCUCAUUUUUCCAGUUAUCCUUUAACUAAACUGGUUUCAUUUGCUGAAACAUAUUGUACCCCUUCAAAAUUUUAAGUAACGAAGAAGUUUUAGAGUCUUUCCCUCUCCAUACCUUUAUGUGAACAAAUUUAAGUUCCAGAGAGGUUUGUCUACAUAAUUAAAAUAUGGGAAAAGGAGAAGCUACUCACCUUUUUAUUAAAUGGAAUAAUCAACAGGGGACAAAUGCACUUAUCUAGUUCAUGUGUAGGUUGGAUGUUGACUGAAUAACAUCUACAGUAAACUUGACCAUACUCUGAAAAAUGGAAUUUUGGGGCAUUGCAAUUUGAUAAAUUAUCCUUGUGAUACUAGCUCAGUGUACUUUAUCAAAAUCUGACUUCAUCAACCUAAUAAUAACAUAGUUUGAAUUUCAAAAAUGAGAGGUCUGUUUUGUUCCAUUUCUCCUGCUAAAAGUUUAUAUACCUAACACUGUAAUUGAUCAAUUUUAGUACACACUUGGAUAUAUAUAUACUUGAGAUUGAAAGGUUCUUCAAACAUCUUAUUUUAAUGAUUGGAAAGAAUACUGCUGUAAACACCCCAUUCAAAAUUGCUACUGUAAUUUCUCUGCGAAGCUACCUGAGAGAGUUUAUCUUUACCUCAAGUCAGGCUUAAAUAUGGUGCUAACAAUGGUAAAUGCAUACUACAAACGCUGGUCCACAUUCAUGGUAGGAAAUGAUUUUAGGAAAUAUUUUGCAGGCUAUGUUAUGUGAUUUUUCUCAUUCCCAUAGCUAGAAAGGCUUGCCUCAAAGAAGAAUGUUCUAGCAAACAGGAUAUACUCUAGCUGGCACUUGGAAGUCCUUGCAAAGUGAUGCAUCUCGUCUUUAGUAGUAGCAGGCCAGGCGCUUUGUAGCAUUGAAGGUGUUCACAGACGUGCCAUGCUGGCUCGAGUGUGGCCUGCACAUCUCUCAGCAGGGCUUGGGAGCACAGCGCAUCAACAUUAACCAGGCACUGGACAACCACUCUUGACCCUCAAUCAGUGUUUCCUUGUAGGACAAUCUUCUAGUUUCAGCUUUGUGUAGUGUCUUCUGACUUCAUCUUCAGACUUAUCAGAGAUGAUUGUGAAAACAAUGUCUUAUUUAUUGAUAUUGAAAUAUAGACAGAAACGGCAAUAUUUAUGUCCUGUGAUUUAAGACCAAAUGCUUAUAAACUCAGUAUUUGUAGGCAGUAACACUACUAAUCUUAUGGUUUAAAUAUAAAGGAAGCCUUAAUUUACUAUUGGAAGGAUUAUUUGCAGUGGUUCUAGUCCCUGAAUUUAAAAAUGGAUACUCUCUCUUUAUCUGAUUUGGAAAAGGAAAAUCUUCCUAGCCUUACUGCUUUGGUAUAUAGAGACAGAAAACAUGAGCACUGUCCAGGCAGACCUUUAAAUCACAUUGAUUGUCUUAAGAUAUUUUAAAAGUUAGCAAUGAACCAAAAAUAGUUUCAGAUUAACAGAAAUACAGAGCUCUAAACUUUAAAAGUUGGGGUUGAAGAUUAAAUUAAUGUUUAUUCUCUUUUAUUAAAUAGCAAUUAGGUCAGUUUUGUUCCCUAAAACUUUUAAUUAAUAGAAAAGGAUAGUAGCAGCACUUAGGAAAAUAGUUGAAGAUUAUAUUAAUUUUAAUAGUUAUUUGCUAUAGGAAAUUGAUGAUUAAGAUUUCAUCAAUUUUGUCCACUGUAAUUCUAACAUGGUUGUAGCAAAUACAAAUUAUGAUAAACUGUUAGGUUUUCCCUCCAGAUGGGAUUCAAAGUAAAGUUGUUUGCAAAUGUAAAUCCAUAGUCUUCAUUUCUUUAUAUUUUCACCUUUGUAAAAGUAUUUAAAAUUUAUAUAGUUUGUUUUGUAUAUCUUUGGGCAUUUGUGUCUAGCUAUAAUAGAAAUAAAUAGCAUUGAGGUUCUCAAGUGAAGUAAGUGAAUAUAUAUGCAUGUAAACUUACGUUCUUUGAAAAUCGAAUUAUAUUUUCAUUGUGGUAUUUCUGGUUUUUUAUUGUGUGAUAAUUACUGAAGAGACCAUUAGUCAUGUUUGUCUUCAAGUAUCCUUAUUUAUAGAAAAAAACAUGUUUGCCACACUCUACCAUUCCCCUGAUUAGUUCAGUUUAUACUCUCAUGGGGCAUAAGGAGAAGGGAAGAGGAGAGAGGGAUAAUUUUGUCUUAAUUUACUACACUGUUCAUUGAGUAAACUUUUACACACAGCUUACUGGGAACAGGAUCUGUGCUGAGUGCUAAAGAUCCUCUGAUGAGGGGGAGAACUGUUCACAAUCUAGUAAGGAAGACUGGUACAGAACCAGGUUACAGCACAGCCAGUCCCAUUCCCUGGAAGUGCUACCAAAAGAACAUAAACUGUAGUAAAUGGGCCUGCUCAUGUGUUUGAGGCAAAGAGAAAGAUCACCUGUAAAGUGGGGUGUGUUCACAAUACUUUAUUACCAUUCUUUGUAAGGCAUGUGGUUGGAACCUGAGUAGCUUUAGCCCAGGAGAAAAAAUUUACCAUGAAUACAGCUGCUUGGGUCAAAGGCCUGGAGGAGAUCCCUUGAGACCUCUAGCAGGUGCCCAGAAGAACCAACUCUUCAUUCUUAAGCUUACUCUUAGUUUUGAAUUCAAACGUUUACUGUGCUUAAAAGAAAGCCUUGUUAGCUGGCUAUAAUUUCAUCCAUUUUUGUUCAUUCUGAUUCCAAUAGCUAACAGAAAAAAACGUCUUGAAACUAAUGCCAGGAUGUGAAAUACCAGUGUUUGAAAGCUAGCUAUGAGAGAGCUUUAAGAAUAUGUGGAAUUUCAAGCUCACAGAGGGAGGACUAUAUGAAGAGGAAGCAAGAGGGCAGCCAUCUGUAAGCCAAGGAGAGAUGCGUGGGACAGAUCCUUCCCUUAUGGCCCUCAGGAGAAACCAAACCUGCCAGUACCUUGAUCUUGAACUUCUAGCCUUCAGAACUGAAAGGAAUAGCACCUAGGGAAAGAGGACAAAACAAAAAGAGCAGAGAUUUGACUACCAAGACUACUAAACAUUCAUUUCUUCCCAGCCAUCCAGUUAUCCUAAUUGGAGACAACCAACUUCAGAAGUGACAUUAGUAACAUGGCUGAAUAAGACAUCCCUCAUUUUCAUCCUCUCCCCCAACAACAAUUUGACAUCCAUCUACUGACAAAAAUGCCUUCCUGGGAGUUUUGGAAUCCAGUAUCAUAUAUCAAGCAAUUCAGAAAGAAUCUUGCCCACUGACUCACUGGGUAUUAGACAUACAUGCAUGCAUAGGUCCUGGCUUGGACCGUGCAAUGGCUAGUGAACCAGCUCUAGACCCUUUCAACUCCAGCCCAGAAACCCCUAGAAAACACCAUCUUACACAAUCACCCAUGGACAAGAGAGCCUUUGUGAAAGUCCAGAUUUCCAGCAGACAGGUUGCAGCACAUUAUUGGAGAAAAAAAAAAAAAAUGAGUUCAGGUGCAAUGAAGAGGAACAUUGAAGAGGAACAAUUGACUUUACUAACAUCACCCCUCCCUCAGGGUGGCACAGCUCAGGGCAGAAGGCUUAUUUAAAGAAAUAAUGGCUGAAGACUUCCCAAAUCUGAAAAGAAAUUUUGGAAUACCCAAGUUCAUGAAGUUCAUAGGUCAAAGUAAUCUUCUACAAGACAUUUAUAAUAAAACUAUUUUUUUUAAGUCAAAGACAAAGAGAGAAUCUUAAAAGCAAGACAAAAGAAGUUUGUAACUUAAAAGGGAACCUCCAUACUGUCAUCAGAUUUCUCAGAAGAAAUCGUACAGGCCAGGGAAGAGUAGAUGAUAUAUUCAAACUACUGAAAGGAAAAAAACCAGCAAACCAAGAAUACAUGGGCAAAACUGUCCAGCGGAAAUGAAAAAGAGAUAAAGACAUUUCCAGAAAACAAGAGCUGAAUUUACCACCACUAGACCUGACUUACAAGAAAUGGUUCCAAUCACAAUUCCAAAAGGAUAUUUUUGAUAGGUUGAUUCUAGAGCUCAGUUAGAAAAUACAUGAAAAUAUUGAGCAUAUAUCCUUUGACCCAACAA